CUCGCGGUCAAGCUCAAAAUGCUCGUCGCCCCGCCGUGGCAGCGCGUCCGCAAGGGCAGCGUCCUCACCAUGAAGCUUCGGGGCGAGGUAACGGAUCAGCUGACGACCUGCUUCUCGUCGGGGCUCUCGCUGCCGCAAAUCUGCGAGAAUUUCGACAAGGCGGCAUACGACCCGCGGAUAUCGGGGAUUUACCUGCACAUAGAGCCGCUGAGCUGCGGGUGGGGGAAGGUGGGAGAGAUCAGAAGGCACAUUGUGGAUUUCAAGAAAUCUGGUAAAUUUAUCGUCGGUUAUAUGCCUGUCGGCGGGGAGAAAGAAUACUACCUUGCUUCUGCGUGCGCUGAGCUGUAUGCGCCGCCAAGUGCUUAUGUUGCUCUCUAUGGUCUGACCAUACAGCAGACAUUUCUCAGAGGUGUGCUUGAGAAAGUUGGAGUGCAACCAGAAGUUCAACGAAUUGGCCGCUAUAAAACUGCAGGAGAUCAACUUGCACGGAGGAGCAUGUCAAAUGAAGUUAGGGAGAUGUUGGCGGCCCUGCUUGAUAAUAUUUAUGGAAACUGGCUGGACACAGUAUCUUCCAAACAUGGGAAGAAAAAAGAAGAAACCGAGGAGUUUAUUAAUUCAGGAGUCUAUGAGGUCGAGAGACUUAAGGAAGAAGGUUGGAUAACUGAUCCUACUGUAUGAUGAUGAGGUAAUGACAAUGUUGAAAGAGAGAGUAGGACAGAACGACAAGAAAAGCCUGCGGAUGGUGGACUACAG